AUGGCGUGCGGCGUCAUCUCGUCCGUCGGGUUCGGCGCGCCCUUGGGGCUCAUGGAGGAAGGAAACGACAUUGGCGGGCCUACCCAAGGAAUCCACGACGGCCUGGUCAUGUUGGGCAUCGUGGCUAGGCUGUAUCCCUUUGCAGACUGGAUCAAGACGACGUCUCUGGCUGAAUACCUCGUCUCCAGUCCCGAACAGGAAUCCGGCAUAGGCACCCUGACGAGGUUCCAUGACCGGCUGAUCCAGCAGCUGCGUGAGGAUAUAAGAAACGGAACAGCUGGUGAACGCAUGGAUCUGCUGCAGAGAUUUGCUCCACGGAAUCCUUUAUAUCCUCCUCUCGACCCAGAUAAUAUCAUUGGCGAGAUCCUGCUAGUCUUGCUGGCGGGCGCGGGCAUGACGGGCACGGCACUCCAGGCGCCGAUGGUGCAUCUGUUCUCCAACCCCGACGUGUACGAUAAGCUGAUGCGGGGGAUCGACGACGCGACACGCUCGGGCAAGAUAUCACCUUCCCUUCCGGAGUACGAAAAUGUCCUCGAUUUUUGCCCCUCCUACGUAGCUUGCAUCCGCGAGAGCAUGCGCCUUGAUCUGUCGGCCCCCAACGUCUUCCUCCAGCUGGCCCGAGAGGGGUGA